UUGGAUUCGAUUUUGAUUCAGAAGCUUGCGAUUAGAUAUCGAUUUGAUUACCUUCAAUUCAGUAAUGAUUAAUUUGGGGCCUAUCAGGUACAGUACAUGGCAAAUUUCCUCAAAGAAAAAAAUCUCUCAACUAAUGCUGUAAACUAUACGGGGAACCACAGCUGGUCAUUAUAAUAUUAAAGGUUAAAAUUAAUUGAUUUGUAAGCUACUUGCAUAUAAAUUACACAUAAAGAAGUUUUUAUAAUAACGUUAUAAUCAAUUUUUAAUGACAUAAUUAUGUUUCUACUCGUUUUUAAUACUGUUUCUACUCUUUUUUAAUAUCGGCCUAAACAUUUUAAAUGGUGGCCGUCAUAAAACGUUUUAUACAUUCAGCAUUGAAGCGCGUGUUAAGUAGGGGAGACCAGGGCAAUUGUAACAAAUUUUGGUCAUGUCGUCAUUACUCAAAAACCUUUUGAAAUAUUUGGAUACAAAAAUUGUAUCUGUGUUCUACUUGUUACCAGUUACCAAAUGUUUUUACAAGCAAUGUUAGAGUCCCAAUAUUGAUUGAAACAUUUGAAGUCAAAUGUUACAUCUGCCCCCACAUGCGGGGGUGAUUGUAACAGCAUAUAGGGGCAAUUGUAACAACACAUGUAGGGGAGAGCGGGGCACAACCUAACGCUUUUGGACUUUCUCAGUUUGUGUAAAUCUGCUUAGGGUUCAGGGAAUUUCUUUUGUUCCACAUUAAUUUCACACAUGUCUGGUAAAAUAUGUGGCUUUGUUUCAUUAAUACAGUGUAUACUUUUUUCUUUAUUUACCCCGGAAGAAGGAAAGUGAAAUGUGACAACAUGCCCCAUAGGUGGGGCACAUUGUAACAGGACCAUAUGACAGCUGAAACUUUUAUCUGACUUAAUUAAAAAAAAUAUACAUGACAAACUAAAAUAUUUUGUCAAUAAAAGAAAUUUUUUUUUUUUUUUUCCAUAUCAAAUAAUAGCAUUUUUGUAGUUUGACAAUGAACACUCUCCAAAACACAGCUAUACAGCACUGGUCAAAACAAUACAGGCAAACAGAUGAAGAAACAUAUCCAGACAUUCAGAAAAACACAGAGCUGAACAAAAACACUCCUCUCCUCUCACAGAACACGAGACAAAUAGACAAGACAGUACAAAUGCUGAACAUUUCUUGAAAUAAUAUUUUCUGGAUGUUCAGGUUCUUCCUCUCAGUCUUUAUUCACGUUUUUUCCCAUAGUUUAUCAACAGAAAUUCAUAAAAGUUAAUUAUGCCAGUUGUAUUGCAACUGUAUAGAAUAGUAUAGUUCUAAUAGCGGGGCACAUUGUAACGCAGUGUUACAACGAACCCUAUCUGCGCAACUGAAAUUUAAACCUGAUUGGAGAUUGGAGAUUAAAAUAACAUCAGAUUUGUCUAAUUUUAAAUAAAAACAAAAAAUAUAGAUGAAAAAAUAGCUUAAGUAAGAAAUUUACUUUUGCUAUUGUUAAAUAAAUGUUCAGUGAUAUCUUUCAAAGAUUUUUGAAUUUUGGCACAAUUUUUUCUCUAUAUAUUGUCAAUAUGGCAACUAGUAAAUACACCAAGUUUCUUCAUGCUAGUGUGUGUGGAAGUAUUUAAACCAUGUGUUACAACUAACCCCGCGUUAGUUUGUGCCCUGCGCUCCCCUAAUACCUUCAUAUACAUACCAAUGACCACAAUAAACUCCAAAGAAUAUAGAUAUAGUUAAAACUAUUCAAUAUCCAUUACAUCCAUAUUAUCCAGAACAAUUAAUUAAAUCCCCUUGCUGUUUUCCUUCGUCUGAACCUAGACGUGCUGCGAACAGAGAGUGUACAGGGCCUACUCAGUAAAAUGGAUCCCCAGAUUGAGAGGCAAAAACACUUUUCUUAAAUUACUGGAAUCUAUCAAUCUAUUUUGAUGUCCUUACUAAGCUGGACACUAUUUUGAUGGUGUCUGGGGCAAUUGUAAUGCAGUGUUAACUGUACCACCCCGUGACAAGCUACCCUGCUAGCUAGAAACAACGAAGCUAAUGUUUGACAAAGAUAUCAAAUGUUAGACAACAGAAUGGUCAUCAAAACAAGACAGAUUUAAAUUCAUAGACAUUAAGACAGUAUGAGGGAAAUACUGUAGAUGAAAAAAAUUACUUUUAUACCUCAAAAAUUAGUCUUUGUAGAAAAACUUUACCAAAUAUGAUUUAGAAGCCUGUCCUUUGGCAUGCAGAGAGGGAUCUCCACAGAGCACAUGCAAAAUGAGUUUAGUUUCAUGGUUCUGUCUCAUUUCUGAUUGGUGUAAUUUGAGAUGUUACAAUUGCCCCCUGUUACAUUUGUCCCCCGGUCUCCCCUACAUGAAUAUGCAAUGCCCUAUAGUUACAGUGGAUAAAUAUCAAAAUGCAUAUAUAUAUAUCGAUAUCAGAUAUAUAUAUAUAUAUAUAUAUAUAUACACAUCAGAUUGCAGUCGAUGUGGCAAUAUAACCUCUCCGUUCAAUGCAAGGGCACCACAAUCAAUUCCACACACUUCUUUAACUUACUAAACAAAACUCUAAACAAAUAAAAAUGACUACUCAGUCUUUCUGAUCCUGGAAUUCCUUUCGGAAGAUGCGUGCAGGAAUGUAAAGUUGUACUGUAUGUACAGUAAUGACCUAAUUUGACACCAUACUAAUAUUAAAUGCUUGUCCAGGUGUAUCCACAGGUUCUCACUCACUGAUGGCUUUGGCAACAUACAUAAUUGGACAGACACCAUUUCCUGAGUUUACUGUUGUGCUGAUGUUGGAUGAUCUGCAAAUAGGAUAUUAUGACUCAACCACAUGGAAAGUUGUCUAUCGCACUAACAGUGAUUCAAAAUACUAUGAUGAAGAGCAAAGUGAUGCUGAUACUGUAUUUUGUGAUAUGUAUUUUGACAUGAAAGAUCGAGCUUUUCAUCUAAAGGAUCACCUAAAUCACACAGAUGGUGUACAUGUUCAUCAGAGGCUUGUUGGAUGUGAAUUGUUGAACAAUGAUAAACCAGGUCAACUUCAUUACUGGGAUGCUUUCGGUGGGCAAAAUAUGGAGGAGUUUGUUUUCGACAUAGAAAAACGUGCCAUCCAGAUCAAAAUGCCAUGGGUGGUAGCAUGGGACCAACUAAAACGACUUCAUAAAAACUUUAUGUAUGAAAAUGUGUAUCAUCCUAUUUGCAUUAAAACUUUGCGAAGGUACCUGAAUAUAGAAAAGAACAAUGUGAUGAGAAAAGUAAAACCCAGAGUCAGACUCAUGAGGAAGACACUCACAGACUCUCAAGGGCUUCAGAUCAGCUGUCUGGCCACUGGUUUUUACCCCCGUCACAUUAACCUGACUCUGUUCAGAGAUGGUCAGCCUGUGGAUGAUGAUCAGAUCACAGGAGGAGAGAUUCUGCCCAACGGAGACGGAACUUACCAGAUGAGGAAGAAUUUGGUGAUCAGCGCAGAAGAAGUUCUUGAGGGACAUAAUUACAACUGCGCAAUGAAGCACCUGUGUCUGGACAACAAACUGGGCAUUACAUUUGAUGCUGAAUGUGGCCCAGGAUCCUUCCGUCUUUUUGUGGUUAUCACUGUGGUGGUGUUAGUGUGUGUGGCUGUUCCCAUCGUAACUGCACUCAUCAACCUGAGAAGGAAGACACAUUCUGCUGGUUCAGUUACCAAAAAAUCAGAGAGUCAUUUCAUCUCUGUUCCAAUGUAAAAUGCAACAUGAAAAAUGAGCCCAGAUGGACACAAAAUCCGAAGAAAUAUAUACACAAUAUUUGGUCUAAUGUGGAUGUCAGACUCUCUUAUUGGAGUCUCUGAUGAGACACUGUGGAAAGUUGCAGAAAGGAGAACAGUCAUCAAACUGUGUGCCACACUGCUCAGAAAUAAGAGUGACUGCACAAAAAGAAAUGAUGAAAUCACCAUGACAAGUUUUCUGACAAAAGGUUGUUCUAGAAAUCCCUUUCUAAAUGCUCAAUCUUUACAAUUUAUGCAAAUUGUUUUCUGUUAUGUUCAAGAGUUUGUUAAAUGCAACACUAUGCAGAGAUUAAAAAAAAAAAAAACUUAAAAAAAAAAGGGUCGGUACAGUAAAAUCGGCUCAUUCAGCUUUAAUAUCUGAGUCUAUUAAAAAAACUUACAGCACAAUAGAAACUUAUAAAAACUAUAGUUGCUUUCUGUUAUAAACUUAUUUUUAGUAUAUCAAGUGAAAACAGACACCUUGAAAUAAAGAUAAUUCUUUUUUUAUUAUUUUUAUUUUUAUUUUUUUUAAACAUAUUUUUCCUUGUAUAGAAGAAAACAUAAGUAAAAACUGUGCCAUCUUACCCUACUCUUCCCUAAUAAACAUUUGGACAUAUUUACAUUGGACAUGUUGAAUAACAUUUGAUUUAGUGUAUUAAAUUAUAUUUUCAUUACA